AUGAAGAACAGCGACAAGGGCAACAGCAUGAAGUGCCGUGCCACGUUGGACGACGUGCUGGUGCUGCCCCGCGUGUUGCUGGACUCAGGCUCAGAUGAGUCCCUGGUGUCGAAUGGAUUGCUGCAGGCGCUGGAGCGCCUGGGAUCAAGACCCAGCGUUGUGGUCAAGCCAACUGUAACGCUGAAGCCGUAUGGUGAGAACUCGCUGCCGCUCAAGGUGACGCGGCAAGUGCAGUUCAAGGCGCUGACCUUGGAGACGUCCAUUGGACCCUUGGCUCUCCGUGGUUUGAAGGUCUGGGUGGACGAGCAAUCGCCGCAGAUCAACCUCCUGAUCGGUCGACCUGUUAUGGACCGCCUCGGGUUGUCGGUUGAUGGCAUGCUCGUUGAUGCGUUGAAGAAGCGCCAAACCUGGGAAGUCGGCGAUUUGGGCGACGGUGAAGACAAACCAAGAACCGUCCAACGCCUGCGGGAGACGUAUGGUGACGACGCUGAAGAGUUGGACAGCGUCGAAGGCGUUGCGUGCUCUACCCUGUCGAUGGAGAAGACGACCGACCCAGACGGACAGAUACGGCGCAUCCUCGACGAGAAGGUAGCAGAGGCCAUGGAGCGUGGCCUUAUGGAUGUGCAAGCAGUGGAGCUCAGGCGCAUCCUGACCCAGCACAUCGAUGUGCCCGCCUGGAGUUUGGUUGGGACUUGCCGGUGGAUGUGGAGCCGUUGA